AGCUCAGUUUCUUCCUUUCAAGCUUCCGUUGAAAGAGACCAGAAGAAUCAAAAUUCAUCCGUGGAGAAAUCAUGGCCACGUGCUUGCGGUUGCCCAUGGCGUCCUCAAUUCCAUGUUCUUCGUCUUCAUCGAUGACGCUGAAACACCGUAGCUUCAACAUUCGCUGUGCAGCCUAUAGCAAUAGCAGUUCAAACAUUCCGAUGCCUCCUUUUAACCCUAAGGACCCAUUUCUAAGUAAGCUUGCCUCUGUUGCUGCAAAUAAUCCAGACGCACUCUUCUCUCGGCCUCAAAAUUCUGAUAUGCCGCCAUUUUUGGACAUUUACGACUCCCCUAAGCUCAUGGCUACUCCUGCUCAGGUGGAGAGAUCAGUAUCAUACAAUGAGCACAGAGCCAGUACACCUCCACCAGACUUGCCCUCUAUGUUGCUCCAUGGUAGAAUAGUUUAUAUUGGCAUGCCGUUGGUGUCAGCAGUCACAGAGCUUGUGAUUGCAGAGUUGAUGUACCUACAGUAUAUGGAUCCUAAAGCGCCAAUUUAUCUAUACAUAAAUUCUACUGGGACUACCCGUGAUGAUGGUGAAACGGUUGGUAUGGAAGCAGAAGGUUUUGCAAUUUAUGAUUCCAUGAUGCAACUUCAAAACGAGAUACACACUGUAGCAGUUGGUGCUGCCAUAGGUCAGGCAUGUCUAUUGCUUGCAGCUGGUACUAAGGGCAAAAGGUUUAUGAUGCCACAUGCCAAAGCCAUGAUUCAACAGCCCCGUGCACCAUCAUCUGGAUUAAUGCAGGCCAGCGAUGUUUAUAUCCGGGCAAAGGAGGUUAGUGUGAUGUCUUCUUCAGUUAUCUUCCAUUUAAUCUACAAAACAGAUGUGUCUUCAUGGUAGUGACUAGUAGAGCUU